AUGGAAUUGCUCUAUCUCAUCUGUUCAAUCCUCUACACUACAAUCACAUCCUUCUUCCUCUCUCUCCUCCUCCCAUUUCGCAUCCUUCUCCGCCGUCUCCUCCCUUCACGCGCCGCCGCCUUCGAUCCCAACGUCUCUUACUACCAAGGCACCGUCUGGCACGACCGUCUCCGUCCUGUCCGUCACUCCUUCCGUUACUCCGUCCGUUACGCACUCUUCGACCUCGACAAUGCCGUUAACGCGCCGCCCGAUCAUCUCUCCGCCGAGCAAGCUCGUCUAGUCUCUCACACCACCGGGCCCAUUUUUCUGUUGACAAUACCUCCAAGCGUUGGAUAUGAACAAAACCCAUUGAGCUUGUAUUAUUGCUACAACUUACAAGGAUCGAGUAAGCGCUUAAGCAAAUGCAUUGCUCAGGUUACAAAUACGCCAUGGGGAGAAAGAGUGACAUUUGUGUUCGACCCUGAAUCAGACUUGGUUGCUAAAUCAUUACAAGUCAGUCCUUUCAUGGAUAUGCUUGGGAACUGGAAAAUCAGAGCAAAUGAACCUGGGGAUGAGUUAUCUGUCUCCAUUGAGUCGCAGCAUCCUCAUCUCGGUAACUACUUCUCUGCGACGUUAAAGGCGAAAAGAACAUCUGUCUCUGAUCCUGCAGUUUUCUUCUGGUUGAUGCCUCAUAAGGUUGCUAUAUGGAUCUAUUGGCAUGCACUUAAACUGUGGUGGAAGAAUGUACCUUUUAUCCAACACCCUAGAUACUCAAACCCAUCGUACAGAGAGGAAUCAGCUAAACGCGAUCAAGAACUUCGUUGUCACCGUUUAGAUUGGUCUGAUGAGCUUAAAACAGAUGUUUGUAGUAAUGAUACUAGUAGUUUCGGAGGAUGUCGCUUUGCGUGGCGAGAUGCUAGUUGGCCUUGGUCUUGA